CCGGAAGUGGAAUCUCCUUAGCAACCUGGAGCCGGAGCGGCGGCCGGAGCCGGGAGUAGUGUUUGGCCAUAUUCAUUGAAGUAUGGAUCACCUGGGAUACGUCCGAAGCGGAAUGAGAGCUAGCUCCAGCAAGCUUGCCGGCCCGCAGAAGAACGCCUACGCCCGGCUGGUCCAGCAGCACCGCAGUGGCCGGUUCCGCUCCUAUCUAAAUCACGUGGCUCAGAAGAUGCAGCUGGAGGAGAUGGGCUUGAGCGACACUGGGUCCGACGUAGACGUGUCUUUGAAAAAGGGGAUGAUGCGAGAGGCUGUCACGAGAAACGGGCUGAACGUGCCCGACCCUUCCCCAAAUAAAGCCUCGCUCUCGGAAAACCCAGACCGUGUGGAAGCAGAGGAGGAGUCACUUCCGGGUGAUGGUCCUGAAGCCUUCAGGAAAGGCCCCACUUGGACAGGUUCAGAGGCACGCCAAUCGGGCCCAGGCGAGCUGGAGGAGGCCGGUGGUCCCCACCCUGCAGAGGGGAGCUCGGACGUGGAGAGUCUGGGCUGGGCUCUGAGCAGCUGUAGCUUAGCGCAGAGCCCGAGGCCGAGCCCUUCCGGCCAGAGAGCUGGAGCCUCUCAUGAGAAGGAUGUGCCCGAGACCGGACAUCACCUCCAGGCCAGCCCCAGUGCUAGCCACGUGGAAAGGGCUUGGGAAGUCUCUGCAGCAGAGCAGCAGCCCCCCCUGGACUCCUCUUCCUUGAAUUCUGAGAAAGCUGGGCUUCUUACUCCUGAUCAGCUGCCAGGGAGUCGGGCGCGCAAGGGCUCCGAGCUGAGUAGCGGCACUCCUUCCAGCCUGGGGAAGAGGAGGCCGCUGUUGGAGUUGGAUGCCAUGAGCCAUUUGGACGGCAAGAUUCACCCGAAGCAUCUGGGAACUCCGAAAGGUGCGUCCCAUGCCGGUGGCUGCUCUGGAGGAACCGGGUCCUCGCCAGGUGACAAAAAGAUGCCCGGCAAACACUCCCAAGGGAAGAAAAGGAACAUAUUUGAGGCCUACAUGUCCAGGGAGAGCGUGUCGGCUGGCUUGAAGAGAGGGGCGCUCAUUCAGGGCGUGUUGAGGAUAAAUCCAAAGAAGUAUCAUGAGGCUUUCAUUCCUUCUCCGGAUGGGACCAGAGACAUCUUCAUCGAUGGAGUUGUUGCCCGGAACAGAGCUUUGAAUGGUGAUUUGGUGGUUGUGGAACUGCUGCCCAAGGAUCGGUGGAAGGUAAUUAAGACAGACGACAGCGACAAGGGAGCCGAUGCCGUGACCGAGUCGGAGGCUGCCGAGGAGCUGCUGGAGACUCCCCCUCAGCAGCUUGGGAAAAGGGAUGCCCCCGACGUCGUUUUAGAAGCCCAGCUUAAUGACAGCGAAGCUGAAGAUGGGCAAGAGCGUGGGCCAGGCAUGCUGCUGGAUGGGGCCCAGGACAAGGGAAAUGAGAAUGCUGAUGCACAGAGUGCAAGCCAGGGAAACCCCCCCAAGGCCCAGGACCCAGACAACUCGCUGCAACGCUCUGCCAAGGUGGUUUAUAUCUUGGAGAAGAAGCAUUCCCGGGCAGCCACUGGGUUCAUCAAGCUCCUGGCCGACAAGAACAGUGAGCUGUUCAGGAAAUGUGCCUUGUUUUCACCUUCUGACCACCGAGUCCCGAGGGUGUAUGUGCCCCUCGCCGAUUGCCCCGUGGACUUUGUGACGCGGUCUAACGACUAUGCUCGAACCCUCUUUGUCUGCAGGAUCGUGGCCUGGGAGGAGCACAGCCACUUUGCAGUGGGGCAUCUGGCGAAGAGCCUGGGCCAGGCUGGCGAGAUUGAACCCGAAACGGAGGGGAUCCUGAUGGAGUACGGGGUGGAUUUCGCUGAUUUUUCCCCAGAAGUUCUGGGAUGUCUCCCGCAGUCCCUGCCUUGGGCCAUCCCACCUGAAGAGCUCAGCAAGAGAAGAGAUUUAAGGAAGGACUGCGUCUUCACCAUCGACCCCUCCACGGCCCGCGAUCUGGACGAUGCGCUCUCCUGCAAGCCCCUCGCUGAUGGGAACUUUGAGGUGGGAGUUCACAUCGCUGACGUCAGUUACUUUGUCCCAGAAGGAUCGGCUCUGGACGCAGUGGCCGGCGAGAGAGCCACGAGUGUCUACCUGGUGCAGAAGGUCAUCCCCAUGCUCCCCAGGCUGCUCUGUGAGGAGCUGUGCAGCCUCAACCCCAUGACGGACAAGCUCACCUUCUCGGUCAUCUGGAGGCUGAGUCCUGAGGGCAAGAUCCUCGACGAGUGGUUCGGCCGGACCAUCAUCUGCUCCUGCACAAAGCUGAGUUAUGAGCACGCCCAGAGCAUGAUCGAGAACCCGGACCGGAAGUUCCGGGAGGACGAGCUGCCCCCCGUGUCUGCGGAGCACCCCAUCGAGCGCAUCCACCAGGCCAUCCUGGAUCUGCACGGCAUCGCCAAGCAGCUGCGCCAGCAGCGCUUCGUGAACGGGGCCCUUCGGCUGGACCAGCUCAAGCUCGCUUUCACUCUGGACCAGGACACCGGGAUGCCCCAAGGAUGUCACAUCUAUGAGUACAAGGACAGCAACAAGCUGGUGGAGGAAUUCAUGCUCUUGGCCAACAUGGCCGUGGCCCAUCAGAUCUACCGCUCGUUCCCCGAGCGGGCCCUGCUGCGCCGCCACCCGCCGCCCCAGAGCAAGCUGCUGAGUGACCUCGAGGAGCUCUGCGACCAGCUGGGGCUGGCCAUCGACUUCAGCUCGGCGGGAGCCCUGCACAAAAGUCUGACGGAGAUGUUCGGGGACGACUUGUAUUCUUUGGCUUGGAAGGAAGUGCUCACCAACAUGUGCUCCCGGCCUAUGCAGAUGGCGCUGUAUUUCUGCACGGGCGUGCUGAAGGACGAGACUCAGUUCCGACACUACGCCCUCAACGUGCCGCUGUACACCCACUUCACCUCGCCCAUCCGCCGCUUCGCCGACGUCCUGGUGCACCGGCUCCUCGCCGCCUCCCUCGGUACCCGAGGGCCCCUGAGCCUGGACGCGGACGCCCUCCAGAAGCAGGCCGACCACUGCAAUGACCGCCGGAUGGCCUCCAAAAGGGUGCAGGAGCUCAGCACCAACCUGUUCUUUGCGGUCAUGGUCAGGGAGAGCGGCCCCUUGGAGUCAGAGGCCAUGGUGAUGGGGGUGCUGAACAAGGCCUUCGACGUGCUGGUGUUACGCUUUGGAGUGCAGAAGCGCAUCUACUGUAAUGCGCUGCCGCUCCAGGACUACCACUUUAGGAAGGUGGGGAAGAAACCGGAGCUCACCCUCCUCUGGGAGCCCGAGAAGCCCCAGGAGAAGCCGGUGCAGCAGGUGAUCGCCAUCUUCAGCCUGGUGGAGGUGGUUCUGGAAUCGGAGGACGACAGCCUCAAGUACAGCGCCGUCCUCAAGAGGCCGGAGGCGCAGCGAGCGCCGGGGGACGGGCCGGAGGAUCGAGCCCGAUGAGGGCCCGCACGGCGGCCCAGCCAACCUGGACACAAGGACCUCUCCGAGCCGAGGGGAUUUUAAGUUUGUUUAAAGUUUAAGUUAAGUUGAACAAUUUGGGAGUUUCGUUGGAGUUUAAUUUUAACAUGAACUGCAGGUGAAGAGGAGGGGGGACCGGCCUGGGGGAUGGGGAGCGGGCCGGAGCGGAGGGCGCGGGUGCUGCCGUUUCUCGGGACGCCCCCUGCCCUCGCCUCGGCCCGGGAAGACCCUCCGGGCCGGGGGGCGCCAGAGCAGCCGGCCGGGCUUUCUUGGUAAAUCCACAUCAUGGAAUAAAUUGGAUGAGAAGGGCCGGUCGGGUGUGUGUGGCACUUGGAGGGUCUUGGCUGCUGUCAGGAGCGCCCCCAUCCCCCUGUGGCGCCGGGCUCCGCCCACAUCUCACCGCCCAUGUGGCUUAUCACCAGCCCUGGGGAACUUAUGGCGAGUGGUCAUUUCGACUCAUUAAAAACAUAUAAUUGGUA